ACCGCAUCAACCUUCACUCUCAUUCUCAAACUCAACAACCCUGGUCUCAAUUUUCUCCCCCUCUCUCUCUUUCUCUCUUGUGGUAACAUACACACACACACACACAUAUCUAGCUAUUUUGGUCCCAUUUUCACUAUAACUCUACUAAAUUAACAUGGACAACCUUCAAAAAUGCCAAGCAAACUACACAGCACUCACACCUUUAACGUUUUUGAUGAGGGCUGCUGCAUGCUAUGCAAACAGAACCUCAGUGAUCCAUGAAGGAACCCGUUUCACUUGGGCACAGACUUAUGAGCGUUGUCGCCGCCUCGCCUUCUCCCUCCGUGCCCUUAACAUUGCUAGGAAUGAUGUUGUAUCAGUGCUGGCCCCUAACAUCCCAGCAAUGUAUGAGAUGCAUUUCGCAGUGCCUAUGGCAGGUGCUGUGCUGAACACCAUCAACACCCGUCUUGAUGCCAAGAACAUUGCCACCAUUCUGCGCCACUCCGAAGCCAAAGUCUUCUUUGUGGACUACGAGUACGUGUCCAAGGCCAAAGAAGCCCUCAGAUUGCUCAUGGACAACAACAACAACAACAACCUCAAAAAGGGUGUUCCAAAACCAACAAAUCAACCACACUCAACGACAUUUUCUCUUCCACUAGUCAUUGUCAUAGAUGACAUAAACACCCCCACUAGAAUCCGUCUUGGUGAGCUAGAAUACGAGCAAAUGGUUCAUCAUGGUAACCCAAAUUACUUCCCUGAAGGAAUCCAAGACGAGUGGACCCCAAUUGCGCUGAAUUACACAUCAGGAACAACCUCGGAGCCAAAGGGUGUUGUUUAUAGCCACAGAGGAGCAUAUCUUAGCACCCUAAGCCUAAUCUUGGGGUGGGAAAUGGGUAGUGAACCUGUUUAUCUCUGGACACUACCUAUGUUCCAUUGCAAUGGGUGGACCUUCACGUGGGGCGUGGCUGCACGUGGUGGAACAAACGUGUGCCUUCGCACCACAGCUGCACGUGACAUAUACAGGAACAUAGUAGUCCACAAUGUGACACACAUGUGCUGUGCCCCCAUUGUGUUCAACAUAAUCUUGGAGGCAAAACAAAGUGAAAGGAUUGACAUAAAGGUAAUAAAUGGGAAGAGAAAAUCACCGGUUGAGAUUCUCACUGGGGGAGCACCACCACCAGCAUCAUUGCUAGAGCAAAUUGAGUCACUUGGGUUUCAUGUCACACAUGCAUAUGGGCUAACUGAGGCAACAGGCCCAGCACUUGUGUGUGAGUGGAAGAAGGAGUGGAACAUGUUGCCAAAGAAGGAGCAGGCCCAACUUAAGGCCCGUCAAGGGGUGAGUGUGUUGACUAUGGCUGAUGUUGAUGUGAAGAACCUUGAGACAAUGGAGAGUGUGGCUAGGGAUGGGAGGACAAUGGGGGAGAUUGUGCUGAAGGGAAGUGGGAUCAUGAUGGGGUAUUUCAAAGAUCAUAAGGCAUCUUCAAAGGCUUUUGGGAAGAAUGGCGAUUGGUUCAAAACUGGGGAUGUUGGUGUGAUACACCCUGAUGGGUAUUUGGAGAUUAAGGAUAGGUCUAAAGAUGUGAUCAUUUCAGGAGGGGAGAAUAUUAGUAGUGUGGAAGUUGAGUCACUUUUGUAUAAGCACCCUAGGGUGUUGGAGGCUGCUGUGGUGGCAAUGCCACACCCUAGGUGGGGUGAAACUCCUUGUGCUUUUGUGUCCUUGAGGAAGAACAACAACAACUCAUCAUCAUCAAAAAUUGAUGAUGUCACUGAGGCUGAGAUAAUUGCCUAUUGCAGGAAGAAUUUGCCACACUUUAUGGUGCCUAAGGUGGUGAAGUUCAUGGAGGAGCUGCCAAAGACUUCAACUGGGAAGAUUCAGAAGUUUGAGUUGAGGGUCAUGGCUAAGGUUUUCGUGCAGACCAAGAAUAAUACUACUACUGUCAACAAGAAGUCUUGCCAAGUGAGUCAAAAUAGUAUUGUUGGGGGGUACAAUAAUGAGCAAGUUUUGGCUGCGUCUCGUCUUUGAAUUAAUUAAGUGUUCAGAUCUAUUUAUCAAUGAUCUUUGAGUCUUUGUUUAUUUGGAUAAAUGUGUGUACAUAUACUAGUUCUAAGUAUCAACUACGAGUAUUCCGAGGCAUUAAUUUAGUUUCAAGUUUGAACUACUUAAGCUUGUUUUGGGGCAGAGUGCCAGACGUAUAUAAAUACUGCAUUAAUGGUCUAGUAGCUUUUUUUUCA